UGUGCAAGGUCCAAAGAUCAACAUGAGCAUGCGUCAAGGUGGUGGUCUGCCGGGCUAUAAAAACAAGCGGCUGUGUCACCGCCGGCGACACUCGAGAGUGACUCGCGCGCUGACGAUGCUUCACGCCGUCAUGGACGACAUGCAGGGUUUCGGGGUGAGCAGCACCCGCUACCUUCAGACCCACUACCAGGACGCCCAAGGCUUGUUCCUUUGGGUGUCGUGGGCGGCGGACCUCAGGAACACUUUCUUCAUCUUCUUCCCGCUUUGGUUCCACCUGCGGCCCUCCGUCGGCAUCAAGCUCAUCUGGGUGGCCGUCAUCGGCGACUGGCUCAACUUGGUCUUCAAAUGGAUUCUGUUUGGGGAGAGGCCCUACUGGUGGGUCCACGAGACGCAUUAUUACGCCGACGGCGUUCGCCCUGAUAUUGAGCAGUACCCCAUGACCUGCGAGACGGGACCGGGGAGCCCCUCCGGUCACGCCAUGGGAGCGGCAGGUGUCUACUACACCUUGGUGACGUCCAUUCUCGCCGUCACGGCGAGUAAGAAGAAACACGGUGGCAGAAAGUCCUCCAACAACAGCUACCUGAAGGUCAUCCUUUGGUCCGUCUUCUGGGGAGUCCAGGUGUGCGUCUGUCUGUCGAGGGUCUUCAUCGCCGCCCACUUUCCUCACCAGGUCGUUGCCGGAGUCAUCACAGGCAUGAUUGUAGCCGAGGCCUUCAACAGAACGCAGUGGAUCUACAGAGCCAGCAUGAAGAAGUAUUUCUACACAACUCUUUUCCUGACAUCCUUCGCCGCGGGCUUCUACCUGCUUCUAAAAGCUGUGGGCGUAGACCUCCUGUGGACGCUGGAGAAGGCCCAGAGAUGGUGCGCCAAGGCCGAAUGGGUCCACUUGGACAGCACCCCGUUUGCCAGCCUCUUGCGCAACAUGGGCACGCUGUUUGGUCUCGGCCUGGGCCUGCACUCGCCGCUGUACACUGAGAACAAGCGCAGUAGCAGUGCGGUGUCCCGCGCCGGCUGCGUUGUGGGCUCCCUGCUGCUGCUGCACCUCUUUGACUCCUUCAAGCCUCCCACGCACACCGCCGCCCUCUUCUACCUGCUCUCCUUCUGCAAGAGCGCCACUGUACCCGUGGCGACUGUCAGCAUCAUCCCCUACUUAGUGAACAGCGCACUGGGUCUGCACAGCAAAAAGGCCGCGUAAGCAAAGCACGACGCCAUAAAAAGAGACUUCUGGAAAUAGAACGCGCAGGGCGAUCUCUUUCUUCCCUGAGUAGAGACUUGGUGCUAAUUGCAUUUAUUUCAAAA